GUAUUCACACCUCCCCAAGCGAACCGGACUUAGUAGGAAAAUGGACCAGAGUUUGAUUUGUAUUCACACUUCCCCAAGCGAACCGGACUUAGGAAAAUGAACCAGAGUUUCAUCAAAUACGCUCUAUAAAAAAAAGUAACUAAUUUAAAGUCAAAUUCCUCAAGAAAAUCUGUAAAUAUUUAAUUGCAACUAGGCGGGUUCAACUGUAUUUAAAAUCACUGUUACUUAUAAGCCGAUAGUUUUUUUUAUUAAGUCCUUUAUUUUGCAGUUUUAGUAGCACAACCUGGUCAUCACUUCUGCUGGCAUUUCUCUGUCCUGCUCUUAUUCUCUUUAAAAAUAAUCUAAAUCUAGUUUCCUCUCGUUCUUCCUUACUGUCUCUCUGCUGCAGACCAGUCUGGCUCUAUUGGUUCUGGUCAGCCUCUGGUGAACGCCAUGAAGUCGGACUCGGCAUUAAUCGGAGGUGUCAUAGCGGUCGCCAUCUUUGUGAUCGUUACCGUCUUCGCCGUAACCGCCAGAUUCCUCUACAGGAGAAAAGAGACGUAUCGGAGUCGCGAGGUCAAGGCGGCCAAACAGGACGAGAGCCAAGAUUUCCACUACAACAACCAGACUGAAGGCCGGAAAAACGCCUCUGGUGAAAACGCCAGGGAGUUUUUCAUGUGAGCCGAGGCCGACGCGCCUCCUGGUGUUCAUCCAGGAGGAGGCCGCGGACAGAACCGCGCCUCCGGACUUCACGCUGCACUACGAGCCACUUACUCUCUUUAAUGGAUGCAAAAAUGGACUCGUAAAAACACGGAACAGCACACAGUUUUGACCUUUACUGUAUAUUGUGUAAAUAUGGAGCCAAGUUGUUCAAAUCCUUGUUUAAGCAACUGUAAAUAUUAAAAAUGUAAAUGUGAACAUUGGUGAAAGGUGGUUUUAUGGGCUGUUUUAACUGUGUUUGUGACGUUCCUGACGUGAGUUUUAGGGCCACAUUACGAAAUAGAGUUACAGAAUAGAGUCAUAAAACUCAAAUAUAUGAAAAUAAAGUCAUAACAUUAAGAGAUCAUUCUUGAAAUAUUAUUCCUUCAAGUAUUUCGACUUCAUUCUCCUAUUAUUUUGUAUUAAAUAAUUUGUUUAUAUGUAUUUUUUUUACAUAAAGUAAUUUUAUUAC